GUCCUAACCUGUUUCAUCUUCAUGAUUGGCGCAGGCCUGCAACAGGAGCUGCUGAUCCGUCUCGAAUCAACAGAUGGGUUCCCUCACAAGUUCUUCCUGGGUGACGAGCUUGUGUGGGAGCCAUCUCAUGCGCUUUGAAGCAAAUGUUCGACUCCUCCACCUGCACGAACCAUCUGGUGGCGACCGGCAUCGCCGCGCUGCUCGGGUUUGUGCUCGCACUCCAGGUGCUUGUCAAAAUUCCACAGAGCAGAGCGGCUGCACGGCAGCUCGUCAGUCUCAGCUCACCGCUGCACUUGGCUGCUGUGGCCUUCAGUGCCUGCCUGGGUUUGGUUUAUCUCGGGCUGGGGAUGUGGAUGCUGGGGAGUAACUUCAGUCAGGAUGCCUUUGCUGUUUACCUUCCACACUGGUGGCUCAUCACAUUAUCUCAGGGACUGAAUCUGAUCCUUACCAGCUUGGCUUUCAGCAUCAGGCCUCGGUUUCUUGGAGCGGCAUUCGUCUGGUUUUGGCCGGUCUUGCUGACCGUCUAUGCAGCAUUCGUUUGUUCUUCUUCAGUUGUUGUUAUUGUUGCAGAGAAGAUGAUAACUGUCAAGGGCUGUUUGGAUGUUCUGUACUUACAAGGUGAAGUGGUCCUCCUCAUUUAUGGCGUCCGGCACAGCCAUGACGAAGAGGGCUAUGGAGGAAUUGGAAAUGGUUUAUACAAGCCCCUCGACACGGAGGAGACAGACGGUGAGGCAGCUGAUUCUGAGGCUCAUCAGGUCACUCCCUUUGCUACUGCUGGUUUUUUCAGCGAGAUGUCGUUUUGGUGGUUGAAUCCUCUAAUUAAGAUGGCCGCUCAACCUUAGAGACUCUGAAACUAUUUCACCGCAGCCCCAUGUCGCCCCCCCCGCGGGCAACCCGGGCGCCCAACCCUAGCCGCCGCCGACCCAACCCCACCUCCUUCCUCUCCUCCCGCCGCCGCCGGUGGGCGCCGCGGGGCAAAGCCCGCGCGGUGCCGCCGGCGGCGGGAUCUCGCCUGCCUUCGCCUGGAGUAGGGGCCGCGGGGGGUUCCUUCCUCGGGCGCGGCGGCGGAACUCGGCG